CAUAAUCUUUCUCCUCUUCCAUUCCUCAUUUUCCCAUACAAACUCCACAUCCGACCUACUCUACGACAUCUAUCCCUUCAUCAGAGUUUUCAGAAACGGCACGAUACGGAGAUUCAUCGGCCAGGAUUUCGCCCCUGCAGGACUUGAUCCCACAACUGGGGUUCACUCCAAAGAUGUCAUCAUAUUUGCAUCAAACUUCAAUCUCUCAGCCAGAGUUUACCUGCCCAGAGCCGCCGCCGCCACUCCCGUCCACAAACUCCCUCUUCUGCUCUACUUCCACGGCGGCGGGUUCUUCACGGAAUCCGCCUUCUCUCCGACGUACCACCACCACUUGAACUCACUUGUGGCCAGAGCUAGAGUUGUAGCAGUAUCUGUUAAUUACAGAUUAGCCCCUGAGCACCUUCUCCCCAUUGCUUACCAAGAUUCUUGGCUAGCACUAAAAUGGACAUUUUCCCACUUCAGAGGGAACAACGCCGGCCAGGAACCAUGGCUGAGAAAGUACGCCGAUUUCCGGCGUGUUUACUUGGGCGGAGACUCUGCUGGUGGCAACAUUGCAAACCAGAUGGCCAUCCGGGUCGGGUUGGAGUGUCCGGAUCCAGACAUUAAAGUCAAUGGGAUGUUCCUCAACUGUCCCUACUUCUUGGGGAAGAAGAACGGGUCUGCAGGCAAUAAUGGGUAUGCAGAAACACAAAUGGAGAAACUCUGGCUGUAUGCGUACCCGAAUAGCUCGGGUUUGGAUGACCCGUUGGUGAAUCCGGUUAUGGAUCCGAGACUGAAGAGGGUGGGGUGUAAGAGGGUUCUGGUGUAUGUUGCGGAGAAAGAUGUGUUGAGGGUGAGGGGUUGGUGGUAUAAGGAGGCAUUGGAGAGAAGUGGGUGGGAUGGAGAAGUGAAAGCUGUGGAGGUUGAAGGAGAGGGCCAUGUGUUCAAUCUGAUCAACCCCACCAGCCCCAAGGCUGUGGCCAUGCUCAGAGUCAUAGCCGCUUUCCUCAAUCCUCGGUCAGCUUCGACUGGAUCAUAAUUAAUUAUAUAAUAAAAUUUGAUAUAUUAUGAGAUCAGAAAAAAUAAUCAAUCGUAUCUAUUUUAUAAUUGAUGUUGGGUUGGUGUCGGCUUGCUCAUUCAUUUUGGUUUUUCUAUUUAAUUUGGCUGUUUUGAAGAGGGUGCGGUGGAUAUGACAGGAGAUGAGGAUAUUAACCAGCAAGCCGUGCAUGUAUUACUCAAAAGAUAAUGAUGAGAUUAUCAUAUAUAUAUAUAUAUAUAUGUAUAUGAAUCAUAGAUCUGUGUAAGGGCAUCGUUUGAAUAAGAUAUUGGUAAUGAUAAUUUUAUAUGCGUGUGAAGCAGAACAGCCGACCUUAAUGUUUCCACAUGUUGCUUUGUUUUUAUUUUAUGGAGAUUCUUGCAUUGGUUGUAAGAUCAUGGACAGGAACCUGUUCGGGCCAUGAAUCAGCCCAACUAGCUAAGUUCAUUUUCACCUAAUUGUGUUGGCCUUGUCCUGGCUUUACCAGGUGUUUUGUGUAAUGAGUGUAAGACAACUGAUGCAUUGUAUUA